AUGCUACUUGAGUAUAAAUAUUUUUGUGGUGAGACUCCUGCGCUAAGAGCCAUAGGAAAUAUUGUCACUGGGACAGAUGAACAGACGCAGGUUGUAAUAGAUGCAGGAGCACUUGCCAUCUUUCCCAGCCUACUAACGAACUCCAAAACUAAUAUUCAGAAGGAAGCUACAUGGACAAUGUCAAACAUCACUGCUGGCCGCCAGGACCAGAUACAGCAAGUUGUGGAUCAUGGAUUAGUCCCAUUCCUCAUUGGUGUUCUUGCUAAGGCAGACUUUAAGACACAAAAGGAAGCUGUAUGGGCUGUGACCAACUAUACAAGUGGUGGAACAGUUGAACAAAUUGUAUACCUCGUUCAUUGUGGCAUAAUAGAACCACUGAUGAACCUCUUAACUGCGAAAGAUACCAACAUUAUUCUGGCUAUUCUAGAGGCCAUUUCAAAUAUAUUUCAGGCUGCUGAGAAACUAGGUGAAAGUGAGAAACUAAGUAUAAUGAUUGAAGAAUGUGGAGGUUUGGAC